AUGGGAUUGGCCCCUCGAGAAGUCAUGUCGAGACUUACCGCCUGUCUGGCUCUACUUCUGGGGACCACGGCGUACGGUGCAAACCCAGGAUCUCAAUAUGUGCUCUCGCCGUCUUCGCGAACCAUCCUACCGAAGUGGAUCUAUCAGACAAAAGGGAACGUCACUAUCCAAUCAUCAAGAAAUUACUCCUCGCCUGUAGUCUUGACUGGACCCAAUGCUUCCGUCACGUACGACUUCGGCCAAAUGGUCGCUGGGAUCCCGGAGUUCACAUUCGGCGAGGGUCACUGUUCUUUCUGCAACACUCUCGGUCUACCAGGUUACACUUGCGGCACCCUUUGCUCGGGUCUUGGCCUAUCAUACACUGAAUCUGCUCGAUUCGUCGGACCGGCUUCAGAUAACUCGACUCUGUACUCGCACGAAGACGGAACUGUCUACCUACCAGUCUUCCCGGGACGCUACCCAACGCCAGCGAAAUGGCAAAGAGGCUCCUUCCGCUACUUGACCCUCUCAAUGCCCUCAUCAGCCGCUCAAACCCAACGGAUCACCGUAUCCUUCGAUCGAGUCCUCUUCACCGCCCAGCCUUCCCUCACAAACCCCUCUCAAUACGCCGGCUACUUCCACAGCUCCGACGACCUCCUGAACCGCAUCUGGCACGCAGCAGCCUACACCGUCCAACUCACCACCGUCGCCGCAAAUUCCUCCGUGCAGCACUUGCUCAUCUUGCAAUCCGCCGGGUGGGAGGAGUCGGCACAAGCGGAUGGGCUGAUUGCGACUGAUGAAUAUCUCUCUGAUGGGGCUAAGCGAGAUCGAAAUCCUUGGAGUGCGGAUUUGGCAGUAGGGAUCAGGAGUUCUGUUGUUACGCAGAAGGGCCUUGUGGCGGUCAAGAAUGCGCUGGAGGCGUGCUUUACUAUUCAAGAUGUGCUUACUGGAUACUUGCCGUAUGCUGGUUCGCCGCUGGGUAAUUUGUUUGCUUUGCUUGGACAGGCCUAUGACUCGGAUACGUACCACCUCUGGACCAUUGUCGGAUACGCAGAAUACGUGCUGGCUUCGAAUGAUACGGCGUUUGGACAGAAGCAUUGGAGUGCAGUCAUUGGGGCGAUCUCUGCUACGUAUCAAUACGUCGACUCUGCCAGUGGUCUUUUAAAUGGGACGAAAGUCAGCGACUGGGGAAGGGUUGGGCAAGGUGGACAAAACACAGCUUUGAACGCCUUGUACUACCACACACUGCUACUGACGGCAAGGAUCGGAAAUCUUUUAGGACAAUCCAACAACACCAUAAACGACUACACCGUCAGAGCAGCCAAAAUAAAGCGAUCCCUCAACGACCUCCUCUACGACCCCUCCGCAGGCCUUUUCUUCGACAACACAACAACAGCCGGCCACGCCCUCCACCCGCAAGACGGCAACGUCCUCGCAGUUCUCUUCAACCUCACUCAAUCUCACAAUCAAACCAUCACCAUCCUCCAAAAGCUCGCCCAACGCCACAGCCCCUUCGGCGCGCUCGCUCCCGAACUCCCCGGCGCCAUCUCGCCCUUCAUCACAGGCCUCGAACUCUACGCCCGUCUCCAAGCACAACACCACAACGCCACCAUCGCCCUCUCCCUGCUCCGCACGCAAUGGAAAUACAUGCUUGACACUUUCUCCAACAGCACGCUCAUCGAGGGAUACGCCAGCGACGGAAGCUUGAACUAUCCUUUCUACCCUGACGGUUCGGGGUUCAUCUCCCUGGCGCAUACGUGGAGCACGGGGCCGCUGUAUGCACUUUCGGGGUUUGUGGCGGGAUUGAGGAUGAGUGGGUUUGAUGUGGCGGAGGGGGGUGGGGAGUGGGCGUUUCAGCCUGCUGUGGAGGGAGCAGGGGUUAGUUGGGUGAAGGCUGGGUGGGUGGGGGUGAGGGGGGCUUAUGAGGUGGAGUGGACAUUGAAUGGGGGCAGGUUUGAGGGGACGAUUCGUGUUCCUGUUGGGAGUGUGGGGACUAUAUACCUACCAACGCUCGGACAGGGCAGCGUGAGGAGAGCCACUGUUGACGGGAAAGCCGUCAAUGGAGUAAGCGUCGACGGGUUCAUCCGAGUGGGCAGUGUGGGAGGUGGAGAGCACACCGUGGUAGUCCAAGUUUGA